CUUGUCUCGUGUGGAUACUGGAUUGGCUGUAUCAUAUAUCACCAUACUGUACCAGGUUGACGAGCGAGGACUAAUAACAGACAACAAUGGCGUUCAUGCGGUACUACCGUGCGCUGCCGCAGGGGGAGACGACGGUGGAGGAGUUCAGGGCGUGGCUGAGCCAGUUCGACGCGGACGGCGACGGCAGGAUCAGCCGGGAGGAGCUGGAGCGGGCGCUGCGCAGCCUCAACCUGUGGUUCGUGUGGUGGAAGGCGCGGGAGGCGGUGCGCGCGGCCGACGCCAACCGCAACGGCGCGGUGGACGGCGACGAGAUGGGCCGGCUGUACGCCUUCGCGCACAAGCACCUCCACCUCAAGAUGAGCCAGCUGGGCCUGGGUCUGGGCCUGGAGGAGUAGCGCUGGGCCGCUGGCCUGCUAGAGUUCUAAGGCGUUGCCGGGAACGCUGGGUUUUUCGCUGUAAAUUGGACUGUUAUUAGACUCAAGUGGUCGUGCUAGCUCUUGGUCGUGGAUUUUGUUGUUUCAUAAGCUCGGCAAGUAGAGGUGGUGAUAUUAAUUUGUAAAUGAAAGUAGUAUGUAUAAACUCUUUUUUUUCGAUUACAUAGGCUACACCAGCAACAUAUACUUUUAUGAAUCUGGACACUGUAAAGUUU